UCAUGGGCGGCUGCAAAACGACCUGCCGCACACGUACUCGCCGGGUGAGCAUCAGCGGCUGCCCCGGCACAUGCCCACAGAGCGCGACUGCCACCCCGUGGACGUCAUCCGCCCCGCGCUUCCUGGUUACUCAGGUUUCCUCCCCGGAAGGAAGCUCGCGGCUUGA